AUGACAAUCAUCCUCCAAAUCUAUCUCUAUGCAACUCCUGCUUCCAAUCCGGGACUCUGUUUUUUUGGCUCUGCUUUUGUUAUUCGUACUCCUCCGUUGUCGUUAAUUUCUCUCCCACUAAUUAAAGAGGUAAUAGCCAUGAAAAUUGCCAAGGGCAAGGGUACCGCAAGGACGGAAAAGAAGGAAGUAUUAAUCCCGGUUGAGGACAGGAAGAUUGGAAAGCGAAAGGCAGCAAUAAAGGCCAAUGAGAGUAGCAAGAAACGAGCCAAGAAAGAAAACAUCACCAAGAAGGACCCUAACAGACCCAAAAGGCCUCCCAGUGCUUUCUUUGUUUUUCUAGAGGAGUUCAGGAAGGUUUAUAAACAAGAGCACCCCAAUGUGAAGGCUGUCUCUGCUGUGGGGAAAGCUGGAGGAGAGAAGUGGAAAUCCUUGUCUGCUGCAGAGAAAGCUCCAUAUGAAGCUAAAGCAGCAAAAAGGAAAACAGAAUAUGAAAAGGUUAUGACAGCCUACAACAAGAAACAGGAAAUGGGUGGUGAUGGUGAUGAUGACGUUGAACAAUCUCACGGGUCCAAAUCUGAAGUCAAUGGCCAAGAUGACGACGACGACGAGGAGAGUGAUGAGGAGGAUGAAGAAGACGAUGAAGAUGACUGA